CACUGUCAAACCUCCGGAAAUAUAUAAACAGAAUGCGCCCCUCUUCAUUCAUUGCCCCCAUCUUAGACGCCCCGUUCAAAAUGACCUCCACCAACGUUGAAGCUAUCCAUACCGUCGAUAAGAACGGCGAGGAGAUCACCUCGGUCGGUUUCCAACGCUUCGGGUUUGACUGCGAGGUCCCACUGGAAGUCGUCCGCUCUCUGUACCUCCGCCCCCACUAUGUCAUCACCGCGUCCGACCCCGAUGCCGGCGAGAUAGACACCAAGGCCGAGGAACAGCACGCACGGUUCACUCAGGGGCAUGCUGCGUAUCAGUCCAAGUCCAUCUUCCACCCUGACUCGCAGUCCAUCUCCUACACCACCCUUUCCCGCUUCCCUCCGGUCAAGCUUCUCCCCCCCUCUAACCGCAAACGUAUCCUCGUCACCGGAGGGGCCGGCUUUGUCGGUUCUCAUUUGGUUGAUCGUCUCAUGUUGCUCGGCCAUGAGGUCACUGUCCUCGACAACUUCUUCACGGGCUCCAAGACCAGUCUUAGUCACUGGGUCGGCCAUCCCAACUUUGAGCUGGUCCGCCACGAUGUCGUCGAGCCUUUCAUGAUUGAGUGCGAUCAGAUCUAUCACUUGGCUUGCCCCGCCUCUCCUCCCCAUUACCAGUUCAAUGCCGUGAAGACCAUCAAGACAUCUUUCAUGGGCACUCUCAACAUGCUCGGUCUUGCUAAGCGCACGAAGGCUCGCUUCCUCAUCACAAGUACAUCUGAGGUAUAUGGUGACCCCGAAGUGCACCCGCAGCAUGAGGAUUACUGGGGACACGUCAACCCCAUCGGCCCCCGUGCUUGCUACGAUGAGGGGAAGCGUGUCGCAGAGACUUUGACUUACGGCUUCCACCGCCAGGACGGUGUGGACGUUCGCGUUGCCCGUAUCUUCAACACUUACGGCCCGAGAAUGAACCCCUACGAUGGCCGCGUCGUCUCCAACUUCAUCGUGCAAGCGCUCCGCGGCGAGGACAUGACCGUGUACGGCGACGGCAAGCAGACGCGCUCCUUCCAGUACAUCCACGACCUCGUCGACGGGCUCAUCGCGCUCAUGAACUCGGACGAGACGCGCCCCGUCAACAUCGGCAACGGCGACGAGUUCACGAUCGGCGAGUUCGCAGAGCUCGUGCGCGACAUCGUCGAGAAGGUCCAGGCCGAGGACGGCAUCAAGCCGACCCGCCACGCGCAGGUCAUCUACGGGCCCAUGCCCACCGACGACCCCCAGAAGCGUCGCCCAGACACGUCCAGGGCCAAGGCGGCUUUGGACUGGCAGCCCCGCUGGACCGUGCGCAUGGGGUUGGAGGAGAUGGUGAGGUACUACAAGGCCAAGAUGGCCGAGGGCAGUCUGUAGAUCGCGUAGCGUCCUCUGAGAGGCACUGAGAGGCAAGGCGACCAGGUCUGCGCCGUUGCCGUCUCGUCGGGUUCAUGCUGAACGUCAGUAGGGUUCAAACUUACAUUCCUUUCUCAUACACCCUAUAUCUUGGAUAGUGCACUCAUUCCCUAGGCUCACCGUGCCGGCAUCUUGUUUCACGGCUAUCAUUACGCUGAAUAGACCCUCUUUUAAUCCG